AUGGGACAUAAGAAAAACGCCAGCACUGAGAUUGGGGACUCUCCCGCUGUUCUCUCAAAGAACAUGGACCCUUUUCCCGAAAAGUUUCUUCCCAUAUUCAUUCAGAAUCAGUUUCGAACGAAAAUUGAGCUGCCAACCAAAGAACGAUACCCAAAUGCACAAGGCAAAUGCGCAAUUAUCACAGGCUCAAAUACCGGACUAGGGUUUGAGUCAGCAAGGCAACUUCUCGCUCUUGGUCUCCCGCAUCUCAUUAUGGCGGUACGAUCUUUAGAAAAGGGAAACGAGGCGGCCAAGGUGCUUCGUGAUGCAAAUCCAGCAGCAAAGAUUGAUGUUUGGAAGCUGGAUAUGGAAUCAUACGAUUCCAUACAAGCCUUUGCCGACAAGUGCCACAAAGAACUCGAGCGUCUUGAUAUCGCCAUCUUGAAUGCAGGACUGAGUCCGCUAUCGUUUAGCACUUGUUCAACUGGCCAUGAGAAGACCAUGCAAGUCAAUCAUUUUGGUACAGCUCUAUUGGCAGUGCUUUUGCUUCCUUGCCUGAAAAGUAAAGCCGGGGGUAUAGAUUUACCUUGUCUCACAAUUGUCAACUCAGUUACGGCACACUUGUGCAAAUUCCCCAACAGAAACGAGCGCCCUCUUCUGGCUUCAUUUGAUGAUACAAAAAUUAUUGCCUUUGAUCCACAGGAGAGGUAUGGUGUGUCGAAAUUGAUAAACCAACUGUUCAUUGUCAAGCUGGCAGAUCUGGUAAACCCUGAUAACGUCAUCAUCAACAUGGUCGACCCAGGGCUUACAAAAGGCACAAGCCUCGGCAGAGAUGUUAAAGGGCCGCUGAGUUUCGCAUUGAAGGGCUUCUUGGGCGUUGCUGGAAGACCAGCCGAGAGGGGCAGCGCUACAUAUGUGAAUGCCGUUCUGGGCCAUGGAAAAGAUUCUCACGGGAGUUUUCUCAUGAACUGCAAGAACGCACCCCUCGCCUGUUGGUUCUACACGGAUGGGAGUCAACUGACGGAUUUGGUGUGGAAUGAGACGCUUCAAGAGUUCAAAUUCACCAACGUGGAAGAGAUAAUCCAGUCCAUGCAAUGA